AUGGUGUUGGCUGACCUGGGGCGGCGCCUGAACCAGGCGUUUGCGGACUUGCAACGCCAGCCGACCGUCGAUGGGGCAACAGUCGAUCUUCUUCUCAAGCAAGUGUGCAGUGCGCUGCUUGCGAGCGAUGUGAAUGUGCGCCUCGUACAGAAGCUGCGGCAGGACGUCAAGGCAGAGGUCCAAACGAUGCUGAAUGAAAAGAGCCAUGCGGAUAGCCAGACAGAUGCGCAGCGCAAGCAUCAGGUGCAAAAGAUUGUGUUCGAGUACCUUGUGAAGCUCGUCGAUGCGGGAGGCAGCGCCAACCACCGCCUCGAGAAGGGCCGGCAGAGCGUCAUUAUGUUUGUCGGUCUGCAGGGCUCAGGCAAGACGACGUCGUGCACGAAGCUGGCGCUGUGGUACCAGAAGCGCGGAUACAAGACAGGACUGGUGUGCGCGGACACGUUCCGCGCGGGUGCGUUUGAUCAGCUGAAGCAGAAUGCGGCCAAGGCGCAUCUUCCGUUCUACGGCUCGUACACCGAGACGGACCCCGUGGCGAUUGCGUCGGCGGGUGUCGCGUCGUUCAAGAAGAACCGCUUUGAUAUCAUUAUUGUCGACACGUCAGGGCGACACAAGCAGGAGAAGGACCUGUUUGACGAAAUGAUCGAUAUUAGCGCAGCGAUCAAGCCGACGCAGACCAUCAUGGUGCUCGAUGCGAGCAUUGGCCAGGCAGCCGAGGCGCAGUGCCGCGCAUUUAAGGAGGCCUCAAACUACGGUGCGCUGUUUGUCACGAAGCUCGAUGGCCACGCAAAGGGUGGCGGUGCCAUCUCGGCGGUGGCCUCGACGCAGACACCGAUCCUCUUUAUCGGUACGGGCGAGCAUAUUCAUGACCUCGAGCCAUUCCGCGCGCGGCCGUUUGUGUCCAAGCUGCUCGGCCUGGGUGACCUGUCAGGCCUUAUGGACAAGAUCGAGGAGGUGCAGAUGAAUACGGACGUGCAGGAGCGGCACAAGGAUAUGAUGAAGAAGAUCCAGGAAGGCGGAGCUUAUACGAUCCGCGACUGGCGCGAGCAGAUCACCCAGAUUAUGAGCAUGGGUCCCAUGUCGAAGAUGGCCGGGAUGAUCCCUGGUAUGGGCGCCAUGUUCAAUGAUGGCGCGAACGACCAGAUGGCAUCGAAUAAGUUCAAAACGAUGCUCUACAUCAUCGACAGUAUGACACCGGCCGAGCUCGACUCGGACGGUAGCUGCUUCACGACGCCGGUCGCACGCAAGGAAGCGCAGGACGACAAGGCCAAGCCGCAGCUGCGUCUCAAUGCGCGUGCGCGGCGCGUUGCGCGCGGAAGUGGCACGAGCAUGCGCGAUGUCGAGGAGUUCCUUUUGCAGUACCGCACAAUCAGCACGAUGGUCAAAAAGGUUGGCGGGAAGAACAGCUGGCUACAGCAGAUGCAGGGCGGCCGCGGUCGCGGUGCGCCACCGAUGCUGCCGCCUGGCAUGUCGCGCGAGCAGGUGAUGAAGAUGCAGAAUGCCCUGCCCGCCGACAUCAAGGCGCAGCUGCGCCAGCCCGGUGGGCGCGAGCAGCUGAUGCGUCAGCUACAGAGCGGCAAUGUCCCGCCCUCCCUCGCUGCGAUGGGCGGUAUGCCCGGCCUGGGCGGCCUGCCUGGCCUGGGCGGUGGCUUGCCCGACAUGUCGCAGAUGCAGCAGAUGAUGCAGGGCAUGGGCGGCCUGGGCGGCCUGAUGUCUGCGAUGCGUGGAGGUUCUUCGUAG